AUGGCCACUGCCUGCUCGCUCUAUGAGCUUCUUCGAGACCGGAAAAGCAUAACGUGUAAGGCUGCCGCAGAGGCUCUUAGUGUGCCGCACGGAGAGCUGAUCUCCUGGAUGAAGUCACUGGAGGCUAAUGAGGUGCUGAAGACGGAGCUCAUAAAGACGACCUGUAUCGUCUUGACCAAAGACGGAGUGGCCACUCUCCAAGGAGGAUCUUACGAGUAUCGUCUUGCGUCAAAGCUGAAUGAUCUUGCCACUUCUCACCCGCAAGGUCAAGGAGGCCUUGUCAAGAAAAGUGAGCUCUCUAAAUACUUCAGUGAGGGAGACUUUAUGGUCGGAGUGGCUGGCUGCAUGCGUGCUAAAUGGAUACGGAUAAUUAGCAGUGGUAAGAAGGACCCCGAUCCCGGCUACGAACUAUGUCUUCCUUUGGCAGACAUCUCUGAUGACACGCAGGCCCUGCUAUAUGGUCUUGUCAUCCCUGGGACAACUGACCUCGUUCAAGAGAAGAUUGACGAUGACCUCUUCAAGCAACUGAAGCAACGGAAGCUCGUCACCACUGCAGAGCUCAAGCACUUUGUCAUCUCAAAAGGAGAGAAAUACGAAGCGGGUAUGAAGAAGCUUAGCCCGGACUUGACCAUUGAAAUGGUAAGGCAGCACUUUUUAAACAAUCCUUCGACCGAAGCUGCAGCCAAAGCGGGAACACCGUCAUUUGGCUUUAGUAUUAAGCCCCUGAAUUUCGAGUCUCUUGGCUCGGUGCCUCAUGCAGGUGCCUUCCACCCGCUGAUGGAAAUGCGAAGACUAUUCGUCGAGGCGUUUGUUGGAAUGGGUUUUGAGCAGAUGAAGACACCAAAGCUGGUUGAAUCUAGCUUCUGGAACUUUGACGCUCUCUUUCAGCCACAAAGCCACCCUGCUAGAGACUCACAAGACACGUUCUUUGUAGGCGGACAGUACUCUCAAACCAGGAGAGACUCUCUCGAUGCUGAGCUUGUAGAGCGGAUCAGGACGGCACACGAAAGCGGAGGAGAGGCUAUGCGCUCCAAGGGAUACAGAUAUGUCUGGAAGGUAUCAGAGGCUCUUAGGAACGUUCUCCGCACGCACACUACUGCCGUCUCAGCCCGUGUGCUUUAUGAAAUAGGUCAGCAUUAUCAGAAAACGGGCGAGUUUAGACCACGCCGCUUCUUCUCUAUUGACAGGGUUUAUCGCAACGAGACACUUGAUGCCACCCACCUUUGUGAGUUUAACCAGGUGGAAGGAAUGGUUAUUGACCGGAAUCUGACCCUUGGAAACCUUAUCGCGACUCUCCGUGCCUUCUUUGCUCGCCUUGGGAUGACUCAGCUCAAGUUUAAGGCAACCUACAACCCCUACACGGCACCGUCCAUGGAAAUUUUUGCAUUUCACCCCCAGCUAAAACGCUGGGUAGAGGUGGGUAACUCUGGACUCUUCCGGCCGGAAGUGCUCCUGCCCCUUGGCCUCCCCGAAGAUGUGCAAGUCCUGGCUUGGGGCCUUAGCCUAGAGAGGCCAACCAUGAUCGUUCAUGAGAUUUCUAACAUACGCGACUUAAUAGGCCCAAGCACAAGCCUAGAGCUCAUCCGAGAGUACCGCGUAUUUACUCCCGCACACGCCUCCCUCUGA